GCUCACUGACAGCCCUCCCGCUCAGGGCUCGGCCGCUCAGGGCCUCAGGUUCAUCUCCUUGCUCUUCCUUUCCCUGCUUCUCUGGGACUCUCUCUCCUCCCUUGCUCUUCCUUCCCUGGCGGCGACGACUGGGCGAGCGGCGGCGCCAUUCGUCCUGACUUCGACCAGCCCUUUGCCGGCGACGAGCGCAUCCUCCAGUGUUACUUUCUCUGGCGAUCCCUUGAGUGGGGUUCUUAAACUUUUGAUUGAACUGUGGACUGUACAGAUUACCUGAUGCAUGCACUUACUUCUUCGGGCUAAAAGAAAUGGAGAGUUCCAGCUCUGGUUCUUGUGUCCAGGGUACAGUGUAUCAUUGGGUUGUGCUGUUGGCAGUUUGGCUUUGUGGCAGCCAGCAUGUUCUGUCUCAGAAGGUUACACUUGAACCAAAAGACAAAUUCCUUCUGUCCGAUCCACCUAUCGGUCUCUUUGAUCCAAUAGAGAUUUCACCAUCUGUUCUUCCACACAACUCUAACCCAGUUGAGCCACUGUCACCAAUGUAUCCCAAUUACACAUCUUAUGAUCCAGUCUUGACUGGGAAAUGUCAUGUAAAUUUCUCAGCACUGUCCUAUAUUAUCGACAAGACAGCAUCUGAUUGCUCCAUUCCUUUAGCACCAUUAGUUGCCGAUGUUAUAUGUUGCCCCCAAGUCAAUAGCUUGAUGAACAUUUUCCAAGCUGCAUACGGUAGUGGAAAUGGUACUCUAGUUCUUAAUCAGGCUUCAGCAAAUGCUUGUUUCUCCGAUAUCAUGAGCAUACUUGCAAGCAAGGGGGCAAAUACCAAUAUCCCUGAGUUAUGUACUCUGAGGCCAUCAAAUCUGACUGAUGCUUCUUGUCCUGUGAAGGAUAUUAGCUCAUUUGAGAAAAUAGUGAACAUCAGUAAACUCAUAGACGCAUGUAGCAGUGUUGACCCACUGAAAGAGUGCUGUAGGCCUGUGUGCCAACCUGCUAUAGUGGAAGCAGCUAUGCAUAUAUCCUCAGGUGGGGCAAACAUGUUUGGAAGUUCUGGUUUACCUGGGAGUGUUGCUGGGAUUGAUAUAGUUAGUGACUGUAAAGGGGUAGUUCACUCAUGGUUGUCUAUGAAGCUUUCAUCAGAAGAGGCAAACAGUGCUUUUAGAGUAUUAUCUGGUUGCAAGGUGAACAAAGUUUGUCCACUGGAGCUUGAUGAACCUUCUCCAGUCGUUAAGGCAUGUCGCAAGGCAUCUUCUUCAACGCCCUCAUGCUGUGCAGCAUUGCACUCUUACAUUGGAACUAGGCAGAAGCAAAUAUUUGUCACAAAUCUGCAAGCAAUUAACUGUGCGACAAUGUUUGGAUCAAUGCUACAGAAAGCUGGUGUAGCGGAUGAUAUUUAUGGGCUUUGUGAUAUUGACUUGAAAGAUUUUAGCCUGCAAGCUUUUGGACAGCAAGGCUGUCUACUUCGGAGCUUACCUACAGAUAUUGAGUUUGACAACACUACUGGAAUUAGCUUUACGUGUGAUUUGAGUGACAAUAUUGCAGCACCAUGGCCGUCCUCAUCUUCUGUACAAUCCUUGUCACUUUGUGCUCCAGAAAUGUCAUUGCCUGCAUUGCCUAUCUCACCAAAAUCUGGAAGCUCAGUAGGUACUUCAAGAACUGGGAUAGGUGUUUUGCUGCCACUUGUAUUCCUCACCACGUCCAUCUCCAUCUGAGGACAGCCUCAUCUAGUGAGCCAGGAGCUUCUUACCGCUGUUGUAUUUUUCCCUCUGUGCAGGCCCUCGUGUAAAUUGAAUUGCAUUACAUUCUUGUAAAUGAGCCUUCCCCUUUCUGUCCCUUUUUGGUCCAGUGGAUAGAACCGUUAUGUCUUAGAGAGGACUGUUGUACCAUUUUGGGUUUGAACUCUGGUAGAAUUGUAGAAACUAAGCUAGUUCUGGAUGUGAGCUUCCCCAGAGAGAGGACUGUUGUACCAUUUUGGGUUUGAACUCUGGUAGAAACUAAACUAGUUCUGGAUGUGAGCUUCCCCAGAGAUGUCGAUUGAAUGGCGAGUAAACAAUUGGGCAACUCCAUGUAGAUCUCAUAAGGCCCUCCACAAUGUAGAGUGAUGCCCAAAAUAAAAUGUGGGCUCCAGGUCUGAUAA